AUGUCACGGCCGGUCGGCCGCUGCUCUCGCCUCGCUGGCGGCGCGGUCUGGUGCCGCGGCGCCCAGCUCUCCUGUGGGCUCGCGGCGGCUCGCCGCCGCGGUGCCGAACAAUGUGAUCAGUCCGGAUUCGACCCGGCGUGCCGCCGGUGCUUCCUCGCCGAAUUUUGGCUCGACCAGUUUGUCGACAAAGCGCUCGAGACCUCCUCUCGCUGCCUACUCGCUGCCUCGAGGGAGGAGGGGAAGACGUAG